ACUCACCUUGAGAACCCAACCAAGUACCAUAUUCAGCAAGCGCAGCGGCAGCAGGUGAAGCAGUACCUCUCUACCACUCUAGCCAACAAACAUGCCAACCAAGCCCUGAGCUUGCCCUGUCCAAACCAGCCUGGGGAUCAUGUCAUGCCACCUGGAACGGGAAGCAGUGCACCCAACAGCCCGAUGGCUAUGCUUACUCUCAACUCCAACUGUGAAAAAGAGGGAUUUUAUAAAUUUGAGGAGCAAAGCAGGGUUGAGAAUGAGUGCCCGGCUCUGAAUACACACUCACGAGCAUCAUGCAUGCAGAUGGAUGAUGUGAUUGAUGACAUAAUUAGUCUGGAGUCAAGUUACAAUGAAGAAAUCCUUGGUCUGAUGGACCCUGCCCUGCAAAUGGCAAAUACGUUGCCUGUGUCUGGCAAUUUGAUUGACCUUUAUGGCAACCAGAGCAUGCCCCCUCCAGGGCUAAACAUCAGCAACUCGUGUCCAGCUAAUCUUCCUAACAUAAAAAGGGAGCUCACAGAGUCAGAAGCGAGGGCAUUGGCUAAGGAGAGGCAAAAGAAAGACAAUCACAACUUGAUUGAACGGAGACGAAGAUUUAAUAUCAAUGAUCGUAUAAAAGAACUAGGCACUUUGAUACCCAAGUCAAAUGACCCGGAUAUGCGCUGGAAUAAGGGAACUAUUUUAAAAGCCUCAGUUGACUACAUCCGCAAGCUGCAGAGAGAACAGCAGCGCACCAAGGAACUUGAGAACAGGCAGAAGAAGUUGGAACACGCCAACAGGCACCUGCUGCUCCGGAUACAGGAACUCGAGAUGCAGGCACGGGCCCACGGCCUCUCCCUCGUGCCGUCGACAGGGCUCUGCUCCCCCGAUAUGGUGAACCGGGUCAUCAAGCAAGAGCCYGUCCUGGACAACUGCAACCAAGACCUCCUGCAGCACCACGCYGACCUGUCGUGCACCACCACGCUGGAUCUCACCGACGGCACCAUCACCUUCAGCGACAACCUGGGAAACGUGACUGAACMGACCGGCACUUAUGGUGUCCCCCCAAAAAUGGGAUCCAAACUGGAAGAUAUCUUGAUGGACGAUACCCUCUCCCCCGUUGGGGUGACUGAUCCACUGCUUUCCUCGGUGUCUCCUGGAGCAUCCAAGACGAGUAGCAGGCGGAGCAGCGUGAGCAUGGAGGACACCGAUCACCCCUGUUAGCAGAUAUUUGGCACGGCCUUUCAUAAACUGCUUCAUUUCUUGAUCAGUAGAUUAAAUUUACCUUUUGUAGAUUUUUUUGAUUUUUUUUCCCUUGUGCUUCAUGACUAGCCUAGUGUGUGUGCGUGUGUGUAUAUAUUAUAUAGAGAGGUUUUUUAGAUUUUUUUUUUUUGUGGAAGAAAAAAGAAAGCUUGUAUAUUCUAUUUUAAAUCUACCAAUGCCUCCAAAAUAUUGUACAGUGUAUGUACAGUAUCCGUGAACUGGAUUCGCCAAGAACUUUGAACUGGUCAAAUCUACUUAAAGCAAUAGAAUUACAUCUGAAAAGUCUGUUUCUACUCAGGCRGGGAUGAAGCGUAGCAGAAUUGUAAAUUCUGUGCAACCGAUUUCCUUGGAAACAAAAUGUAAAGUUAAAGAAUGUAAAGAAACCAAAACAAAAAGAGUCCACUUUGUAAUUGUGUUGAUUUAAUAGUGCUGCCUUAAAGAUACAGUGUCCCUAAACCUUUUGUUGUUCUCACAAGUGUUUAAAGAAAAAAAUACUAUUCCACUGAGAAUACAGACAAAAAAAAAAAAGUAUUGAAACACCCAGGUUGUUGAUUCUGAUAUAAAAUGUUCUUGAUGCUAUUGCUGAGAAGGAAGUAGAAAUUGCAGGGAGAUGUGAGUCUCUUCCUCGGAGUGCCAUUUAAUUUUACUCUGAGCUGAUUUGGGUUUCCUUUGGAUCAUGAUUCAAGGCUUUUUCUUUUAGAUUUUUGUUUUGUAACAUACAAUGAUGGUUUGCCAGUGAAUGAAGAAGGAAUACUGUAAAUUGGUAUGUACUUUUUGGACAAAAAUGAUACAUUUAUCAACUGGGCACAUUGUACAUAUCUAAUUGGCUUUACUUUUUUUAAAUUGCAUUGUACAGUUUAUUUUGAUUUGCAUGAAUUCCUUAGUUAUUCUCAACGUUUUGUUUUAAAUAUAUUUGUAUUUCAUUUGUAAGAAUUUGCCUCUUAAUAUUGCAACA